AUGGAGGAGACCAGGGCUGGCGGGCCGAGGCAGCCCGGCGUCUCGUUCACCAUCGAUUACCUGCUUUUCGAUAAAGGAAAGGCUUCUCAAGGAGUCCCAGAGCCCAGGGACCUCCGAGGCCCCGGAUUCUCUGGAGGAGGAGAAGAGCCUGCGGCGGCAGGACGCGAGCUGCAGGAACCUCCGGACCUUCUGGACAAACCCAACCUGUCCUACAUCGCUCUCAUCUCCACCGCCAUCCUCUCCUCCCCAGAAAAGAAGCUGCUGCUUUGCGACAUCUACCAGUGGAUCAUGGAUAAGUACCCCUAUUUCAAAAAUAAGGAGAAAAGCUGGCGUAACAGCGUGCGGCACAACCUCUCCCUGAAUGAGUGCUUCGUGAAAGCAGGCCGCAGCGACAACGGGAAGGGUCACUUCUGGGCCAUCCACCCGGCCAACCUGGAGGACUUCUCCAAGGGCGAUUAUCACCGGCGAAGGGCACGGCGCCGCAUCCGGAGGAUGGCAGUGAACUUUGGCCCCCACCUCCCGUAUGCCUUCUACGGACUCAGCUGUUGCCCGACCCGCUACUGCCUUGGUUGUUCUCCGUACGCCCACCCAGCCGUUCCUGGCCUGCCCCCCCCCUUGCCUGCCAGGUUCCCCACCACUCCUCCUGCCCCCAGCCGCCUCUUUGUUUCCUCCCCCUUUCUUCCCUGGAGGAGGGACAGGGAAAUCUCUGUCUGAAAAGCGCCUCCGCUGGGUCACCUGGAACAGGCCGGUCUUCCCG